CCAUCGUCCACAGCACCUCCAACCACAACACCUCCGCUCCAAUCAAUCCACCCCCCCAGAGACUCAACAUGCCUCCAUGCACAGAUCUAUGCCACGCCCUCUCAACCCUCCAACUCCCCGAAUCCCGCCUCCCCUCCCACUCCAACCUCGUCACCCAACUCAGCCUCACCCAAUCCGACCUCGACAUCGGCCGCCCCCUCGGCCACUGGACCUCCAUAACGCAACGCACCCACUGCCCCUUCUGCCGCCUCGUCACCGCCGCCGUCCGCGCCCACGCCCUCGCAAAAGGCAUCGCGGCCAUCCCUCCCUCCCAACCCAUCCACGUGAUCCUAUUCCCAGGCGAGCAGUCACUACGUCUAUCGUACCCCUCCCGUUUUGGCAUCCGCCUCGCAUUCAUCACUGAAGACGAAGCAAGACUCAGCGAACCCGACACCGCGAGGUUUGUGCGCGGGACGGGCAUCCGGGGGGAGGUGGUUAGGGGGUGGCUUCGGGCGUGCGAUGAGGGGCAUGCUGGGUGUCGUGAUGGGGUUGAGGGGGUCGAGGGGGUCGAGGAGGGGUGGGCGAGGAGUAGGAAGGGCAUGAGAGCUUCGUUCAACGAGCGCUUGACGUCGAAUUUCAGGCUCAUUGACUUGGAGAGGGGGUGUGUGUGCGAGGCGAUGCUGCAUGAGAGAUAUGUGGCGCUGAGUUAUGUCUGGGGGAGUGUUGAGAUGUUGAAGUUGAGGAGGGGGAAUUAUGAUGCGCUUACGUCUGAGGGGGGCAUUGAUGCGCUGGGUGGGGAGUUGCCGGUUACGAUUAGGGAUGCUAUGGAGCUGGUGAGGGGGAUUGGGGAAAGAUAUUUGUGGGUGGAUGCGUUGUGUUUGAUACAGGACGAUGAGCAGGAUGUCACGAUCGGUGUGACAAUGAUGAAUUCUAUAUAUCAGAGUUCUUACUUCACGAUCGUGGCAGGUACUGGGUUCGACGCCAACGCGGGUUUGCCAGGCGUAGGGAAAACAAUGAGAGAUGAGCAAAGGGUCAACACGGUCGAACGUCUAUCUGAAAACAUACAGAUGGCAGUUCUAAGCAGUAUCGACUUGCACCUGAGCAACUCAUUCUACAACAAGCGUGGCUGGACAUUCCAAGAACUCGUCCUCGCCAAACGCACCCUCAUCUUCAUCAACAACGAGGUCCACUUUCGCUGCCACUCUGCAAACUGGUCCGAGUCCUCCUGGUCCGACAAAUGGCUCCACUGGCUCGACGACGACGAUAGCAACAUCACCCGCAUCCCAGAACCCCACUCCGGCGUAAUGCCCUCCUUCUGGGCCUACCAGAAACUCUGCGAAGACUACACGCGCCGCACGCUCCGCAAUGACGGCGAUGCGGUGAGCGCUCUCGCGGGCGUCAUUCGUCCGCUGGCUGGCGGCAUGAGGACGGACGUGCUGGAGGGGCUGCCGGCGAGGUUCCUGGAUCACUUUUUAUUGUUUGUGUCUACGAAGGCGGGAUCGAGGAGACGGUCGCUGUUUGCGAGCUAUUCGUGGGCGGGGUGGGAAGGUGGGAUUUCGUGGCCGAGGGAGAAUUUCAUAUGGUUUGAGGAUGGGGGUGAGAAGAGGAUUUACGAUACUAAGAACGUCGUGAGAUACAUGAAACAUAACCGCACAGUGCAGUUCAAGGCACUGAAGCCUACGAAAGAGUACAAAACCCCAACACCCACACUGCCAGAGCUGCCUUCAAAACUCUCAGAUUUCCUCAAAGAGUACCCGCAAACCUUCAUUGGAGAAGAAUUUCAGUACGACACUCUUAGAAUAACACCGUGGCACGCGGGAGAGACGAUCCGCCAUUAUGAACACCAAUGGGACAGCAUACUCGACAAAUCCAACAGCAAGGAGCUAGGAGAAGCUACUGAGCUUUCGUUCUAUGGCACCACACUCAUGACCGCGAACGGAGAGGCCGAGUUCGAGCGCAUGAUACCAAAGAUCAGGGACAGACAGGAUAUCAAAAUCAUCAGAAACUGGAUGGCCAGUCGACGUUUCCGCUCAGAGAAACACGCCCAGUCAAUUAGGAGCUUCGUCAAAUCAGGACCUUAUAGAUUUCGAGAUUCUGCGUUAUCCCAAGAACCGACGGUAGCAGGACUCCAACCUGGUAAAGUGGACAAGAGGACGGCAUACGCAACGCGGUGGAAUGAGGAAUAUCCAGACGAUGCGCGUCCUGUACCAAAUUUCCCGCCGUACACCAUCCUAGCAUUCUACACUGUCUCGAUCAACCUGAUCCUAGGUAACAACAACACAACUUCAUCCAGUCAUUAUCCCCAAAACAGUCUUGAGCAAACCCCCGGAAUCGCACUAUUAUCAAGCGAAAGUAUCGUUGGAUCUCUACACCCCGACAACAUCGCAUUACUCCCUCCCCCAGGAUCAAAGAUCGAAUGCCUCGUCAUCUCACGAUGCAACACCCCAACCCUCGGUUCCGCGCUGCUGUACCUUCCAGAACACGAUACCCAGCGCCCGUGGACGCUUUUCUGGGUACUGUAUGUCGUCUGGAAAGACGGCAUCGCAGAGCGACGUGGUGUAGGCCAGAUACUGAAAUCAGCUUUCGAAACUCGUGUGGAACCGCUGCCUGCUGUGAAGCAUGUUCUCCUUGGAUAAUGACAGCUUACAACAUCUCAUAACUAGUCAUACUAAUGUUGUACUACACCUCCCCAUUCUUCUAGACCAUCUAAGAUAAAAAAAAACUCACAUUCUACGCAUUUCCAUUGCACGCGCGCCAUCAUUUGUCCGUGGCACGUCCGCCCGCCCGUUUUAGCCUCCAAGAUCGAAGCAAUGGAAGUGGAGAAGGAUGUACGAAGUCUGCGGUGCCUCAACCGCGGCAUGCAUGUUGGGUAGGCGAGCUUACUCUCGCAACGUCUGACGAUUGUGGGUUAGCACCUCGUAGGUCGAUCCUUUUGGGGACAACCUUAGGCAGCCGUGGAGGAGAGAUUAUGCGGGUCAGCUGCAUUGCAUCCUGUUAAGCGGCUAUGACAGAUUGGGCCUCGCUUUCAUGUGCAGCAGAGUUGUAUAAAGGAUUUAAAUGUCCGUUGAUUCAAUGGAAUUGGCUG